GUUAUAUCUCAAGCCUCUCGCUAAUUUGGGAUUGUAUGUAAUAAGUUUGGUUGUAUUGUUUAAAAUUUUUUCUUUAAUAUACCGGUAGUCAUUUGGAAUUGGAAGAUGGAAUUAGGCAUAGAUUGGAUAAACUGAAUUCAAUCAGAUUUUUAGGGUCCUAUUUUGUCUGCUGUAUUUCAAGGUCCUUUGCAAGUUUGAUAAUCUCUCUACCAGACUUUGAGUUCAAAUUUGUUAUCCCAAAUAGUAUUUCAAAUUAUAUUCUGUUUUUCCAGCGCUUUCAUUUUUUUACCUAUUUCAUUUAAAUUUGGCUUGCAGCGGUUCAUUUUUUUCCUCUUCCAACUCAGAUUGUUGCUAAAAUGAUCAUUUGAAUAAUAUCUGAAAAAAAUUACUGAAAUUGGAAAAGUGACACGCUCAAGCCUGACAAAAAGAGGUCAAAAAACUGGAGCAGAUUUGAUUUGGUUAUCCUUGGCACAAUCUGACUCUGUUACUAAAAGGAAAUAUUGAGGCAUGUGAUGUCACUCUUAUGUUAAGGUCCUGCAUGUGCACGCUUUUCAUUUCUCAUUUUCAUACUUUUGUUGUCCAGGCAAUGUCUCUUCACAUUAUUGUUGCCAAUUCGCUGUCCUGUUAUUGAUAUUGCCUCGCCAUCUCAGAAGUAAAUAGUUCAUUUUAAAAGGGAUUCAGAAAAGCCUCAUUUAUAAAUUUUGUUCAGACAUAAAUGUAUAUUGUAAUGUAAAAAAUCAGUCAAAGCUUUCAAUUUACUUACAAAUAUGUUAUGAUUUCUGAAAUAUUUCUCUGGUUAACAUUAACAAGACUCAUUUCACGGGGCAUUUGGUUUUCACGCUUGAAAAUAUUAAUUUAGAAGUGCUAUUCCAUCCUUGUUCAUUUGUUUGCUUUGAUUCUAUUUAUCUUAGGUUAGGUCGGGGGUGUGCAUUGUGGCCCUUCUGUAUUAAAGGUUGCACACCCGUGGCCUGGGUUAGGUUAUUGCCACACCUAACUUACCCUAAGAUUUGGCAAUAUCAAGAUAGUAUCGAGCUAUGUUUGUACAUGUUUAUUGAAAUUGACCAAAUUUGCCUUUCAAGAAUCAAACUUUAUUUUUUUUAUGCCAAGAAACAGGAAUAAUGUACUUUAUUACAUAAUAAUAUUAAUUUAAUUCACCAUUAUGACGGAUCAAUCGCAAGUAUUGAAAGUUGUCCUCAUAGGAGAUGGAGGUGUCGGCAAAAGUUCGUUAAUGAAUCGAUACAUAACUGGAAAAUAUGACGGACAGUCUUAUCACACUAUAGGUGUGGAGUUCUUGAACAAGAACAUCACAUUAGAGAACAAAAAAUAUACGUUGCAGAUCUGGGACACUGCAGGCCAGGAACGAUUCAAAAGUUUGCGGACACCGUUCUAUCGAGGAGCUGACUGCUGCCUCCUGGUGUAUGCAGUCGACGACGAACAAAGUUUUCAUAACCUGGACCUCUGGAAAAAAGAAUUCUUAUUUUAUUCAAAUAUUGAAGACAGGUCUUUUCCGUUCAUCGUGUUAGCGAACAAGUGCGACGUGGAUCCCGCAGAUCGCCAAGUCUCUGAGGACCAGGCUAAGCUCUGGUGCCAGCAGAACGGGGGGUAUCCCCACAUUUCAACGAGUGCAAAAGACUCCACAAACGUAGACACAUGCUUUGAGACCGCUGUACGAAAGACCGCUGUCUCACAGCUUCAUACUGGGGAGGCCAGUAUCAGUAAUUUAACCUCUGGCACUCCUAGUGUCAACUUGAAAACAAUGGCAGCAACAAAUCGAUCUAGCGGUUGUUGCUAGGCGGGCUAAAACCGUUUCUAAGCGGCUGAAUCGUUGCUAUGCGACAAUUGAUUGUGCUCAAUGACUGUGUGCAUUGCUAAGCAAUCAGAACAAAUUAUAACAAAAAUCGUAGUGGUACGAUUGGAAGUUCCGCACUCCAAGUUUGGGAUCGGACGAGUAAUUUGUCAGAUCAAUGAAAGACAAGUCAAAUAUUCCAAUCUUUUAUGUCAAAGCGCAAAAAAUAUGUUCCCCGAAUGCUUGGUCGCAAUAUGCCCUCAUCAACGCAAAGUUCUGUUUUCAUGCGAAACUUUGACGUUGACAGCUUUUUAUCCGAAUAUUUGAGAUGGAAGCAAACAAUGUAGGAAUUAAUUUACGAAAGGUAAUAAGGUAAUUGAAUAAGGUAAAAAUAUAGCUGUUUUCAAAUUGAGCCCAAAAACGCAUGAAUUCAAUGAGACUGGUGCCCCACCCCAACUUUAAGGCGACUGUAAAAGCUUCCCUAUCCAAAUCUGAGCUGUCCAUUACUCUAAAUUUCCAACCAACCAACACCCGGGUUUUCAUGUUCAUGCAAGUGUCCACAGAUAUUAAUCUUUUAUAAAUGCGACAUCUUUACCAUGUAGGUAUACCGCUUAAUGUUUCAGUGGUGGCAACUCUCCUAUUACCGUUUAUCUCCACAUUUAAGCCGACCCCCUUAAAAUUUAUAAAAAUUCGCAAAUAAGUCGAUCCUACCAAUCGUGCGCUCUUAUCGUGAGAACCUAAACUGGUUAGAGUUAGCUGUUGGAAUUAAGUAAGCAUAAUUUCGUUUAGUGCGUUCAGAGUUACGAGUGUAUAAGCCGACCUCGUAGUAGUUUGGCAACUUUUAACUUUUUUGAGUUUCAAACUUGGCUUAAUAUAUGCGAGAAUAUACAGUUAUAUUUUUACCCACUUUAGUCAAGCACUGGUAGUCUGCAGACUUUUAACUAAACGUUUUUCCAAGUCUUUCUCAAAGGUAAGAGUCGCUGCUGAUUCUGUAUAACAUCUCUGACGUAUUAAAAAAAAUAUAAUUUUUAUGAAUAUUAUUUUAGAAAAUUUUGAUUGUUGCAGUAUACUGUUUUUUAUUAUUAAAUUAUAUUUUGAUUUGUAAAAAAAUGCUCGAGGUCGAACUAUAUUUUUGUCAGCAACGUAUUGGUCCAUGAACAAGCCUCUGUACAAUUAGUUUUUACUCUGGACUGUAGGGAUGGAAUUAUUCUCAAUUCGUUCAAAAUUAUGUUUUCCUAUUUACCGACAUGGAGGUGACUAAUUUUGUUUCCCUACUUUACAUCAAGUUGUGUAAAGGGUGUGAAACCUAUGGACAGGGGAGUAUAUUCACUUGGCUGACACAGAUAGUCUCGAACUCGUAAUAGAACUAAAAUAAGGAAAAUCGGAAUAAAAUUAAUCUUAACCUGGUACACACUAUGGGAGUACCUAUUGCUGAUGGUAUUUGUGGCACGAGAGAAGCCACUGUUCAAAGAACCCUUGCAGUUUCAAGAUAAUUUUGGUUUUGAGAAUUUCCUCUUCGUAUCCCAAAACUUGUUUCUUUGCAAGCAGGGCUGGCCAAAAUUGAAUUUCCAAAUUCAUAUCAGAAAAAUAUCCUAGUAUGGAAAAUAUUUUAAAUUAGGUCGUGUUUAGAUUGGUCAUUAUAUAUUUAUUGAAAUAGUUAAGUUUUUUCGCAUAAUAGUAAAUAAUUUUUUGAAGACCGUUUGCUAAGAUUAGUGGUCCUUCCUCAUUUGUGAGGUCUUGUGCAAUAUUAUGAUUGGCUGAUUAACUUCAAAUGUAUUUUUAUACUAUUAUGAUGUAACAAAGAUGAUUAAUAUGAUAUAAUAAUUAUUAAUAAACACUGAUAACGUAAAGUUGUGUGCUUCA